GUCACAACAAGACUUGCAGCCGAUUCCACCACAAGCCUGGGAGUUGACUUAAAGUUUGUUGUUGUGGGAUCCGCAACCUCCAUCCAUGUAGUUUUACUGGAGAAACCGAAGGACUCGGCUCUUCGCAAGAGGAGAAUCUGCCGGCGUUGGGUUACCAGCUGAUGGUCCUCCUGGUCUUUUUGAAGAUGUCCACCAUUCGAUGGGAUCUUUUUCUUGCAGGAUUCCUGCUUACGUGUUCUCUUGGUGAAUGUUCUGAGAGUCACUUGGAAUCGAAAGAGAUCAUUCUGCAACCUUCUUCCAACAUCACUCUGAACUGCUCCGGGAAUGGCCACAUUGACUGGAGCUAUGAAAAGGUCGCCAAUGUUUAUCCUGAUGGCCGUUUUCUGCACAUUUAUAACGCAACCGCUUAUCACAGCAGAGAGUACAACUGUUCCUGUAAUAAAACUGAGGUCAUGAGCUUCUACAUCUUUGUGCCAGAUCCCGACAUAUGGUUCCGGCCACAAAGGACGGAUGAUAUGAUCAUCAUCAUGAUGGAAAAUUCAGUGGCUUUCACCAUCCCAUGCCUGGUGACCAAUCCGGACCUCCAGGUCACGCUGCUACACCAGGAGACCAACACCCUCAUAGACAUGCCAUAUGACAAUAAGCAAGGCUUUUUCGGCAAGUUCAAGGAUGGAACCUAUGUGUGUAAGGCCACGUUAAACGGAGUGGAGCGAGAGUCUGAGGAAUACUUUGUGGAAACGCAUGAAGCCAGUGGCGAUCUUGAUAUCGAGCUUCAUACUUUGAGAACCAUGGUCAAACAGGGAGAGCCUAUCAGUGUCACCUGUACAGCAAACACCAAAUUGCUGGAUUUCACAUGGUACUACCCGAGGGAGAUGGAUGCUCAUAUAACUGUGUCAGAUGGGGAGUAUGAGGUGAACUCAACCCUAUACUUGGAAGGGGCCACACUGGAAGAUUCUGGAUGGUACAACUGCAGCGUCACAGGAUACUAUUCCGAGAAUCAGUUCGAAGAGAAAUCUCUGGAAAUUACCGUUCUCACGAAUGGAUUUGUUCAGCUCAACACAGAUCUGAGUGACACCGAAUAUGCGGAACUGUCAGAGGUGAAAAUGUUUGUGGUUAAUAUAACGGCAUACCCAGCCCCCACUGUCAAGUGGCUGAAGGACAAUAUACCAUUCAAUGAAAGAUCCAAUCAAGUGACAUUUACCAACAAAACCCUGGGAGAAAACAGGUAUCAGUGCAUACUCAACCUCAUCCGUGUGAAGGAGGAAGAUUUCGGAAAUUACAGCGUUCAGGUCUGGAAUGCUGACAGCAAAAAGGAGUUUACCUUCACUUUAAGAGUAAAUGUGCCAGCUAGGAUCCUGGACCUCAAUGAUUUUCUUCAACCUAGCGGUAUCCAGACUGUGACCUGUGUUACAGAGGGAUCGCCUCUGCCAGAAGUUACUUGGUACACAUGCCAUGACCUGAAAAGGUGCAACAAUAAGAUGGGGAAGUGGACCCCGCUGAAAACCAACUCGAGCAGGAUCCGGCUGGAGAAACGGAUCUCCGAGCUGCCAGAAAACCGCGUCUUCCACGUUGAGAGUAUCCUCAUCCAGGAGGGCGCCAGCGAAACUGCUGCGGUGCGCUGCUCCUCUGCCAACGGCUUUGGAACCGUCAGCCGGGAGAUCAAGCUCAUUUCCCACGGUACCCGCUCUCAGUUGGUCACCGUGGCCACUAUCCUGGUUUUGUUGGUCAUCAUAAUCAUCUCAUUAGUGGUUCUGGUUGUAGUUUGGCGGAAGAAGCCUCGCUAUGAAAUCCGUUGGAAAGUCAUCGAGUCCAUCAGCUCGGAUGGACACGAAUACAUUUACGUUGACCCAAUGCAGCUUCCGUACGACUCGAGCUGGGAGUUCCCCAGGAACCAGCUAUCUCUGGGUCGCACGCUGGGCUCUGGUGCCUUUGGCAGAGUGGUUGAAGCAAUGGCCCAUGGACUGAGUCACUCCAACUCCAGCAUGAAAGUUGCCGUAAAGAUGUUGAAGACUACCGCAAGGACCAGUGAGAAACAGGCCCUCAUGUCAGAGCUGAAAAUAAUGAGUCACCUCGGCCCUCAUUUAAAUAUUGUGAAUCUACUAGGAGCCUGUACCAAAGGAGGUCCGAUCUACAUCAUCACAGAAUACUGUCGCCAUGGCGAUCUAGUGGAUUACCUGUACAGGAACAAGCACACCUUCCUCCAGCAUUACGCUGACAAAGGGCAGAGAGAGUCAAAUACCGUCAUCACAAACUCCUACAACGAGAGGAUGAAGAGUUACGUAGCCCUGUCCUUUGAGAAUGAUGGAGGGUACAUGGACAUGACCAAAGACGAGCAGCUCGAGUACAUGCCAAUGCUGGAGGCUAAACAUGAACCAAACUACGCCGACAUCGAGCACCCUGAUUACAACAGGUCAUACUCUCAGGAGAACAGCUCUUCCACUGAGCGUGAGGUCACAGAGGAUAAACUGCUGAUCAGCGACUCUCCGAUACUGAGCUACGUGGAUCUGGUCGGAAUCAGUUAUCAGGUGGCACAAGGAAUGGAAUUCCUCUCACUAAAAAAUUGUGUCCAUCGCGAUUUAGCAGCAAGGAAUGUGCUGAUCUGUGAGGGAAAACUUGCGAAAAUCUGUGACUUUGGAUUAGCACGGGACAUUAUGAAUGAUUCCAAUUAUAUUUCAAGAGGGAGUACCUUUUUGCCUCUGAAAUGGAUGGCGCCAGAGAGCAUUUUCAACAACCUGUACACCACGCUGAGUGACGUCUGGUCCUAUGCAGUCCUGCUCUGGGAGAUCUUCACCCUUGGUGGGACACCGUACCCGGAACUUCCCGUUAAUGACCAAUUCUACAACGCCAUAAGGCGUGGUUACAGAAUGCCUAAACCUCACUACGCCUCCGAUGAAAUAUAUCAAAUCAUGCAAAAAUGUUGGAAUGAUGAGUUUGAGAAGAGACCUUCUUUCUCGAAUUUAGUACAGUACAUGGGAAACCUGCUUACUGAGGGCUACAAGAAGAAAUAUGCUCAGGUUAACCAGGAUUUCCUGAAGAGCGAUCACCCAGCGAUGUCUCGCACUGAGGUUAAGUUCUUCCAAGUCAACGACAACGUGAUCUACUCCAACUGCACAGAGGGUCUGCUCAACGGCACUGAUAAUGGUUACAUCAUCCCACUGCCUGACCCAGAACCCUGUGAGGAGUCCACAGACCCCAGCGGUCCGAUGGAGAACUCCCUGAGCGAGUCAGCCACAGGGACUAGGCCGAGUUCCCUUGUCUGUGUGGAGAAUGGAGAGCCUACUGACACCAGCGAUUCUGCUCAGACGACUGAGGCCCCAAAAGAGCUUGAGAUGGAUGCUGAAGGUGAUCCCAACCUGCCCGAUGUAGAGGACAGCUUCCUGUAAUCUUCACACCCUGGAACUGCCUUCACUGUAGAACUCCCUCAGAACUUUCAACUUUAUCUGAAGUAGAAACUCUGUGAGAAAAAUCUCGAUCGAACGUGUUGCCUGGUUCAUCCCAUGGGAAUCGGGGCACGUAGAAUAUCAGGAUAAUAAUGUGAAAAUCUUCAUGACACGAAGAGUCCCUACUGUAAACAUGUCCAUCAUCCACUGAGCAGGGCUUAGAUUUUAAAAUGUGCAUGUGUAUCUGGGGGAAAUGUGACCGUUCUAUUUAGUCUCUCAUUUGCUGGACGUGGGAUUGUCACUGGAACAGGGUUUUAUGUUAAGUCAUGAUGUUCGUUUACAAUUUCCGACUCCAUGUCCUACACCACCUUUCUGUUCCCUGGAGCCUUACCAUGUUGAAAUUAAGACCAAUUGCACUGUCUCCCACUCUCUGAAUUCAUCCCUUCUCCCUCUAUCUCCAAACAGUGAGAUUCUUCAACUCCCUCAGUCCCCUGCCCUCCGAGAUUGUGUGGCUCCACUCCUCCUCAGUCUCCCUUCCUCUUUGCAAUCUGUGGGCUUUUAAAACCCAAACUUGUCACCAAUCAGGCUUUGUGCCUUGUCCUGAGAUAUGCUCUCUAUUAGUGUCAUGCACUAUGGUGCUUUGGCUCACCAUCAAGACUUCUCAGUCUUAAAAGAUGCAUCGCGAUCUUCCUUGGGUUUGGGAUCAUGGGGAUCUGAACUUGGUGUUGAAUUGGAAUGCUCGUCCUGUGUUAAGUUAUGCAUAGCUUGGCCUUGGACAGCAUUAGAGAGUGGCAGAAUGAAGAGGUCACUGUGCUUUAAGGACUAUUAUACAUCCGUACCAUUGACCUAAGUGGGAAAAACCAUGUUAAGGUCAUUUAACUGUUGUGACAGUAACUUGUCUUCACAAUUUUCAAAGAUUUAUUUCCUCACAGUGGGACCUUACUCUGGUUCUGAUCUGGAGUAAAAACAUUUUCAGGGUAGAAGGAUCCAGAGUAGUUGUCAAGUUUGUAUUAUAUUGCAUCUAUUGAGAUUAUUCCUGCCCAUUACAUUUCACCAUAUAAGUAGCAUAUUUUUUGCACAAAACGAGACUAUAUAAUGGAAUUAUUUUUCUUUUUCUAAGCAAAUAUUGUAAAUAUGAUGCCUUUGUCAUGCAGUUUUGUUUAUUUUGAAAAUGUCUCCAUGAUGUCAAUGUUUUAAAAUGCUUGUGUCUAUGCCUAUGAGAUGGAGCGGACAUUUAACCUUAAACCCCCUACCAAAAUGAAACAUUAAUAAUGGAACUCCUGCCACCAAGAAUCACAAACUUGACCAUAAGUAGGGGAAGCAACAUUUAACCCUUCGAUUUCAGCAGAUCCAAGGUCACUUCUGCCUUCAUGGACCAACCAUUCAUCAGGAGAGUAGAUGAAUCAAGUGGCAUGGAUGCAUCCAAGGGGAAGCUAGAUAAACACAUUCAUCUGAAAGGAAUCAGAAGGUUAUUCUGAUAAGGUUAGAUGUAGAAGGGGGGAGGAGGAGGAGGCUUGUGAGGAGGUUAAACACCCGCGUGACACAGUUGGGCCGAAUGGCCUGUUUCUGUGCUGUAAAUUCUAAGGAACUGCAUUCAUUUGAAAAUAACUCCAUUUGCGCUAGGCUGCUGCACAAAGUGAGGAAUUGGUCAGUAACGGGAAAAAAAAUCUUCCAUCCAAAGAUUGCUGACUUUUCUGAAAGUAUUUCUUGCAAUUUGUCUGAAGUUUGGUUUGUGGUGGUUCUUGGUUUUUUUUUCUGCCUUUAGCUGCUUUUUCCAUGUGGGUAGCGAAACCAUUCGCCAAGAAGUAAUUCAUAUGCCAUGUACCCAGUGACAUCUCAUGAGGAGAUACAGAGAUCUUGCAGGGCCCUCAUUCUGGCUGGAAUCUGGAUGUACUGAGGGUGUCAUGGGCCUGUCUGGCACUUCGUUCCAUCGCCCUUGCCCUGCCUUCAGUGACCCUCAACCCACUCCCACCCCCAGCCCCUCCAACACCCUUGACCAACUAUCAUUCAACCUAGAAUAUCCCUGGCACCAGCCCCGCCCAUUACCGUUGCUCAGCUCCCCAGCACACUGGACCGGUCCCCCCAUAACCAUCGACCUGCCAUCCGUCAUCUUCGACCCUCCCUCUAUCAUCCUUGACCUGCCUUCUAUUAACCUCAACUCUCAGGACUUCACCAUUGAACUUUAUUUCCCCACAAUCACGCUCGGCCUAUGAUCUGCAGACAUUGACCUUCCCUGUGUAGUCCAGCUUCGUCCCUCUAUCCCUAGGAGCCUUCGUAGGGUUGUCACAUCCCCCGGUCAGCCAUGCCCCUUUCCCCUUUCACAGCUGCACCCCCCCCCCCCCAAUCUCGAUGCAUCUGUGUCUCUUCUCCCCCAAUUCAACAAAGCUUCCCUAACAAGAAAAGCAGCUCCAAAUCCACCAGGAAGAUUACCUCACCUGCUGCACGUCACCUUUAACCGGUCGUUAAUCUGAAGGCAUGUGUUUCUUGUUUGCUGCCUACUUAAUUCCAAUAGUACAAUUUAACCUGGAAAAGUUGUGUUUUAAUGAGCAUGUGUGACAUGUUAAUGUACUAAAAAUAAGUUCCCACCGCUAGCAGCCGGAAAGCACAAUCACCCUCAAUCCAGCACUAAUUUAAUAACCAACUUUCAUUCCGCUGUUGGGAAGCUGAUAUUUUGCCUCCCACUCAAUUAAUGGCCCCCAUGUGCCAUGUUCCCACUCCUGGGAGCUUCACAAGAUUCCGCCAUGUGUGUGUGUGUGUGUCUGUGUGUUGUGAGAGUCUGUGUGCGUGUGUGUGAGUCUGUGUGUGUGUGUGAGU